GAGUCCUUGUCGUCUGGCUGUGAGUGACUGACUUUUCUGAUCCUUUUUCUCUCAUCACUGAUCCUGCGAACCUGAAAAAUAACAAAAAAUAAAACAGAAUACAACAGCAUCUGCUCAUCACUAGAUCUAUUAGAUCAUCUGAGGGAUUUGACUGAAUCAAGAUGCUGCUGAUCAUUGAAGCUCUUCUUCUCAUUUUAGCUGCUCUAGGACAGGAUCACAGAGCUGCUGUUGCAGAGCAGAUAUUUCCACUGGAUAUGGUACCGAAUUCAGUUGAUGACCAAUAUUGGGGCUGCCAUAGGAAAAUGGCACAUCUGGUGAAGACAAAAUAUCUGAUGAAGGAAAUGAAAAACUCACAUCAAUUUAAACAUUUUUGGCAAAUGAAUAAAAAUGUCGUCAAGUUUCCAAAAGGUCGUUUAACAAGGAAUCAUUUAACUGCUAUUCGUGUGUACACCGGUAUAUAUAUAUACCGUCACUUUAAUGACGAAACUCGUAACGGUAGAAAACAGUACAAACACAAGUCAUUCAAAUGGUAUUCACUUCACUUUCUGUUAACGGAAGCAAUACAGAUUCUGAAGAAAAAACAACAUAAAUGCUAUUCAACUUAUCGUGGUACUAGAGCUACUUUUGAUAAGCACGUUCUGAACAAAGAGAUUCGUUUCGGCUCAUUUACAUCCUCCUCUCUUGAUCCUAAAAUAACAAAAGGUUUUGGAACUAAAUCUUGUUUUAAAAUCUACACUUGUGAAGGUGCUGAGCUGACAAAAUAUUCUCAGUUUCCUUCCAUAAAAGAAGUGCUGAUUCCUCCAUAUGAGAAGUUUAGAGUCACUGCUGUCAAGACAAGGAAAUCUUAUAAAAAUCUCCCGUGCGAUACCGUUUACACUUUGAAAAGCUCUGGAAGAAAAAGUUACAUGAACUGUGCUCUAUUCAAGAAACACUAAAGCAAGUGUUGCACUGAAAAAAGUGCUCUGGAUUGAUAUGAGUUAAUUAUCAAUUUCAUUUUAUUUUUCUCUGAA